UUAUGAAAUCAAUCAAGUCAACUACAAUUUCCAUCUGUACUUGUCUUUUAAUUGCAGUUGCACAAUAAGUUACGUCACGAUGUGGAGAGAGUUCGUGCGGCGCGGGGCUCGCCAAUUUACUUCCGAAUUGGAGCCCUCUUAAUGCAGCGAGUAGCGACGUUAAAAGACUAGCCUCAGGCGCCGUUGCACCUCGAUGUUGCAACGUAAACAGAUAGUGGAUCGGGUUGCAAGUCCAAGCCGCAACCAGUCGCCACUCAAUGGUCGGCUCGCGUGGUCGGCUCGUCACGCUCUGACGUCAUUAUCUUGUAAAGGAAUCGGUGUGCAAUUCAAAAAUGUCGUAAGAUAUUGCGCGGCCGUACUUACUCAACUAGUGAGCGAAAUAAGUUAAGGUUUAUUAUCAAAGAUGGAGAAGGAAAGCGUCGACCCACGCGAUGUGUUCGUGAAGCCUAACUACAUGCUGAUGUCCUUGCAGAGGAUACUCGUGUUGUUUGUUAUAUUGGCCGGUGUAAUUGUUGUUGUUUAUUACACACCGAUGCCAGAGGAGUAUUUUGAAAACUGUGAUCGUGAAUGCCAUGAAUUGGAUUGGCCGAUGAUUUGUCGUGUGAAACUAGUCAUAGAAGUCUAUAAAACAUACAGCAAAUCUUGUAACAAUUGCGCCGAAGCACAUGGUGCAGACUGUCCACCGAUGUGCAUAACAGCCGAUGGUCGAGAACGCGGCGUAUUGGCUGCUAACAGAGAACUGCCUGCACCAUCCUUCCACGUCUGCCAGAACGAUAUCCUUGUUGUAGAUGUAGUGCAUCGAGCUCCAGCCCACGCUCUAUCUAUCCACUGGCGGGGACAACCACAACGGGAAACUCCUUUCAUGGAUGGUGUGCCAAUGUUGACUCAAUGCCCGCAGCCUGCUUAUACAACAUUCCAGUAUAAAUUCCGAGCAUCAGCUGUAGGGACGCACAUGUACCAUGCACAUUCCGCAGCAGAUGCUGCAGACGGACUCGCUGGUGCGUUUAUAGUACGUCAAUCGCCUCGACUAGAUCCGUUAAGGAAACUGUAUGACGUAGAUGCUACUGAGCAUACGAUCUUCGUAGCUGAAUGGGGCCAUUCUAUGGGACCGUUAGCUGGAGUGACACCCAACGCACCGAACGCAGAGUCAUUACUAAUUAACGGAAAGGGUAGAUCAUCCGAAUUUUCGAAUGCUCCAAUAUCAACAUUUACUGUUGAAAAUGGAAAGAGAUAUAGAUUCCGUCUUAUGUAUGGAGGUGGAUCUAAAAGUUGUCCAAUUAAAUUUUCUGUUGACGAGCAUGUCCUUAAAGUGAUUGCUUUGGAUGGUUCUGGUAUUCAGCCUGAGGAUGUUGACGCUAUAACAUUUGCUAGAGGAGAGAGAGUAGAUUUCGUUCUAGACGCAAAUAAAGCUAGCGGAGUAUACAAAAUAAGAGUAGUAGCUGAGAAGUCAUGUCAGGAGGAUUUAGAAGGUGUAGCAGAGUUAGUCUAUAAGACUUUGGAUAGUAAAAUUCAGAAAACAACUGAAAACGUUAAUCUUCCAGUGACUCGUGAAGUAACUACAGUGAAUAGUGACAAGUGUGCUAGUGACAAAGUGUUGUGUCUGAAUGAAAUACACUCUGCGGACAAUUUUCCGGCCAAGCUCGCAGCAACCAUAGAUGAAGUUAUUUAUGUGCCUUUCAACUAUUCCACAAGACAAAUAUCAGCUAAACGAGUCGAGAGCUGGGGUCAGACCGAUGGUUUCCGUUUCACGUACCCUGCAUCACCCUUGCUGACGCAGGGUAAUGAUGUGGCCCCCGAAGCGAUCUGCGCUCGAGGCUCCAACGAAGACGAAUGUGUUCACGUUAAGAAAAUCCCCUUGAGGUCUACUGUCGAGUUGGUUAUGUUUGAUCAAGGUGGAGAAUCAGAUCAUAUAUUCCAUCUUCACGGCUACAAUUUCUACGUAGUCGGUAUACGCGAGUUUAAUACUAGUGUUGAUAAAAAUAAAAUCAAAGAAAUGCACGAGCAAGGAACAUUAUUUGCUACAAGAAACUUAAUCGAUCCUGUAAUCAAAGAUACGAUUGUUAUACCGAAAUUCGGUGUCGUGGCUUUACGAUUCGAGGCUGAUAACCCCGGGUAUUGGAUGAUGAGGGACGAAAGAUCAGCACAUUGGACGAGAGGCCUCGAUUUUGUGCUAAAGGUUGGUGAGGAAAGUGACUUCGUUCAAGCACCUCCUGAUUUCCCUAAGUGCGGUUCCUAUGUAGGUCCUGAAUAUUUUUUAAUUUAAACUUGAAGUGUAAUAAAGCUAGUUAAUUUAGUUACCAGUGUUUUUGAUAUAUUUUG